GCGAUGACAGGAAAUCUGGAAAACCCAGGGAUUGUUUCUUCUCUGUCGGUUCGCGCAUCUUUCCGGGUGUGUUUGGGGUUUUGGGCUCAGCGUGAGUCUGCUUCCUCGGUGAGGAGGGGAGGACAUCACAGUCUGCGUGUUCACACAAAAACAACACAGAGAUCCUGAUCACAGCCACAUCUCAACCUCCUGGGUUUCGGAGGGUUUCUACAUUUUAAUAGCACGCAGAUUUACGUUUCUCUGCUGGUGUGAGAGGAGCUGUAACAGACACAUCAUCACGGUCUGUGACUACCUUCGUGGUGCAAUGAGAAAAAAAGACUUUCUAAUGGACUUCCCAGCAGAUCCUCUGUACAGAUGAAUAUUUGUGUGACCAAUCCGUUAACUGUUUUUUCGGAGAACUUCAAUGCAAAAAACACAUUUUUGACUAAUUGGGCUGUGUUAAAAAUGGAGUAUCCCAAAGCUUCAGCUGCCACUUGACACAUCUACAUGUCUGGAUAAGUGGAAAUGGUAAAAAUGGUGGAACUGAUAGGAGUAGAGCUUCUGCACUAGAUGCCUUUCAAAGUAUUUUGCUCCUUUGUGAUGCAAAAACAACACCUGAAGGCUAACCACAAUCAAGCCAGUCUUGAAGAGUUUAAACAUUGUGGAUGAAGCUGAAGAAGUGGUCUUCCUCUCUUCAUUGGUGACCCCAUGACUCAUACUGAAGUCAGAGUACCAACAGUCCACAUGAACCCAUACGAGAACUAACAGCAGCUGUUAUCACGCACAGAAACCACAGGAUGAGUGUAUUCCCGUAGCUACGCCAGCGUUGCCGUGGCUGGCCGUCACAAGACGGCCAACUCCUUCUGCCAUGUCACGGUUGAUGCUGGGCCGGACUCUGGAGCGCAUCUGCAAAGGCGUCCUGUUGCUCUGCCUGCUCCACUUCCUCAUCAUGAUGAUCCUGUACUUUGACGUCUACUCGCAGCGGUUUGACAUCUUCAGCCGCUUUAAUAAUGGCAGAAAUGGGUCCAGGAAUAACAGCAGUGGAGCAGCCAGCGGUCAUCAUUUUUACUACUACAACCUCUCAAGACCCAAUGCGACUUCAGCCCCAUACCUGGCCGCAGGUGAACAGCUGGUACCGAGCUCGCAGCCUGAUAACAAUCAUACACCUUCUCCCAAACCGCUACCACCGUGUCCUGAGAACCCACCAGGCCUCGUGGGACGCUUGCUGAUAGAGUUUAGCUCCCAGAUGACGAUGGAGCGAGUGCAGAAGGAAAACCCAAACGUCACAGAGGGAGGCCGUUACAAGCCACCUGACUGCCGGCCAAGAUGGAAGGUUGCCAUCAUCAUCCCAUUCCGUCACAGAGAAAAUCAUCUGAAGUACUGGCUCCACUACCUCCACCCUAUCCUCAGACGACAGAAGAUUGACUACGGCAUUUACAUCAUCAACCAGCUGGGUGAGGACACAUUCAACCGAGCAAAGCUGCUUAAUGUUGGCUACACAGAGGCUCUAAAGGAUGCUGAAUACGACUGCUUCAUCUUUAGUGAUGUGGACCUGAUCCCUAUGGACGACCGGAACCUCUAUCACUGUUACGACCAGCCAAGACACUUCGCUAUUGCAAUGGAUAAGUUCGGCUUCAGGUUGCCCUAUGCUGGCUACUUUGGAGGAGUUUCAGGGCUCAGUAAAAAGCAGUUUCUAAAAAUCAAUGGCUUUCCAAACGAAUACUGGGGCUGGGGAGGAGAGGACGACGACAUUUAUAACCGGAUCACUCUCAAUGGGAUGAAGGUGUCCAGGCCAGACGUUCGCAUCGGCCGCUACAGAAUGAUUAAGCAUGAGAGGGACAAACACAAUGAGCCAAACCCGCAGAGAUUCAACAAAAUACAGAACACAAAGAACACAAUGAAGAAGGACGGCAUCAGUUCCUUGACCUAUAAACUGGUUCAGGUGAAGAAGUAUCCCAUGUACACGAACAUCUCUGUGGAGAUCGGCAAGCCACCGCCUCGACCCAUCAAAGGCUAAAGAGAAUAAGAGAGAGACAUUUAUUAAGUUGAUGGGGUUCACCUCAAGAGGGGAGAGACGAAAAGAAGAUCUGACUUUCUCUCUUUUUUUUCCCUCUGUUUAAUCGUUUGAGAUUUCAGCUCGACUUUUCAUAUGUUUUUAGGGCUUAGGCUUUCUCCAAUUAAGAAUGCUAGCUGCUGCCUGGUAACAGUCAGUGGAAGUAAAAAAUAACAUUUUGGAGGAACAUCAUCAACUGACUGAUGGGUUGUUUUCAAACUUGAGAGUCGUUCCGCGAACAAUCAUCUGUAAAGUGGAGGAAUCCUUCAACAUAUCGACCAGAACACAAAAUAUGGAUGUUAUAAAACACCUUGGUCUGUUCUGGAAAUCUACACAAAAUGACUCUGUAUCACUUUACAUAAAACAAAACUUCUUUUGAGCGGGAUGCUUGACUACGUCAAAGUGAUGCAGCUUCCAGUUGGGAAAUAUUACAUUUCUGAAGACAUACAUUGAUUUUCUGCAGGUCAUUGUUUAAAAAACCACUGGGACAUGAACAUGAAGUGGUUCGGAUGGUUUUCAGAAUCCCCGUGACAUCCUCUUGUCUUGAUGGAAGACAGGUUCUGUUGAGAUUUGGAGUUUCCAGCCUUGAUCUCCGGACUCUUUCGCUCUGUCAAUGAAUGUUUAACAUGCCUGCAUCUGCAGCAGGAGACUCGAGUAAACAGAGCAGUAAAGAAACCCUGGGGGGGAAAAAAUCCUCCUUUUUUUCUCUCUUCUUUUCUACAUUUCUGAACUUUAAAACAGAACUGGAUUUUUGUAACAAACAAUACCAUGAUAUGAAAUGUUUUCUUUAGUUUGCAGCACGGUGGAAGUCCGGCGAAAGGGCAUUUUAAAUGGAGAAAGUGAAAACAUACCGACAGCUCGGUUAUCAGCUCCAGCUUUCAUUUCACUUUUUGAUAUUUUUCUCUUCAUGCCUUACUGCAGUUUUAAUAGGGUUACCAAUUCUCUAAAGGUGCACUACACUCAAAGUCUUGAAUUUGACCAAUUUUUUUUCCAAAAUCAAGGUGAAAACCAAGCUGUCAAGUUAUGUUUUAUAGUUAUGUAGCAUUAAAGUCGAAAAGACUGGCUUGUCAAUUCUUUACAUAGGCAGAACUAGAUGAAACGGAGUGUCUUGUUGUUAUUUUUUUAAGUCUACACUAUAGCCAUGUGGUCUUUUUACACAAAUAUCAUGAAAUCUAUAUCAAUAGUGUUUUAAGUCACUUUUGUCUCUCCUAUGUUUUACAUUCAGUCAUUAAGAAAUCAAAAUGGAAUGGAGCAAAUUAAAAGAGACAUAUAACUUCUAAGAGUGAAACUUUUUGAAAAAGUUUCCACUCAUCUUCAACAAUUACAAACUUCAUGUAAUUUAUUGUUCUCUUAUGUUAGAGAGGUAUUUAUUUGCUUAUUUGAUAACAAAACCCUGAAAACUGGUGUGCAUAUGAAAUUAGCCUCUCUUAACUUGAUACCUGUAAAUGAAAUCUAGUCCAACAAGAAGAAAGCUAAAUAUUAUAGACACUUCUGUAAUUUUGUAUCUUGGUUUAAAAGCGGUGGUUCUCUGAAGGCUUCAGAGUUUUCCUGAAGCUCCAACUCAUGGAGCACUAAUUAACCAAUCAGCUGUCCCUCUAAAAUGACCAUUUGGGAAAGAAGGGAACCAAUCAGUUCUUGGUAACUCUGGAGGAUUGAAUCAAGCUGUGGGAGGCAAACCAAAUCAUGUGGAAAAGGAUUUUCAAAUUAAAAGCUUUCCGAUUUACAGUGGUACAGAAUAUAAUUGCACUCCGCACUUUUCAGAUUUUUAAUAUCUUCAAUAACAAUUAUGGAGAUUGCAUACUAAUCUCAACAAAGAACUUAAAAGUUGUUGGGUGUAAAGGGACUAAAUGUUUAAUUGGUCUGUGUUGAUCUGCGAGGAAAUGUUUCAACCGGCUGAGCUUUCUGUCUGUGACUUUUCUGGAUCUCUCCAUAUUCAGCAUCAUCAAUUAUACUGCUGUCCGUCCUAUUUUACAUUCAAAUCUUGUUUCAGAAGUUAAUUACUUUGAGACAUUUUAUCUCAUUAAUUUGUACACCUUAAGACAUUAAGUAGCAUAAGUUUAAUCAUUUAAAAUGUUUAAAUUAUAUUUUGUUUUCUCUCCUUUCAACACUUUAGAGUGGCUUUGUCUGUUUAUUUCUGUUCAUCCCUUAAUGCCCACAGCCCAAAUGUAUGUCCUGAGAAGAAAUCUUCACUCAUUUGAUGGUAAGACCUGGAAAAAAG